AUCGCCAUAUGCAUGAUAAACGCACCAUAAUCAGUUUCAUUACGACAUAUUUUGACACGAAUGUUUAUGAAAUGUGACACCUGAGCUUGAAGUGUACCAUGGCGGAUGUCCGAGAUGAUUUUGCAAACUUAUCCCUAAAUGAAAUAGCAGGAAAUAGGCUACAAUUGCUGGGCAAAAUUCAGAAACAAAUUCGUGUUGCAAUUAGUUCUCUCGAGGCCGGAAGUGACUUGGUGACAAACGAGCAAGUUCGACGCAUCUUACAUCAAGUAAACAAGAAUAUUGAUCUGAUAAAAGCCUCGUGCAACGAACAAGAGUCAUCCGGUUUGAGGACUGUUGGGAAAGUAAUCCAGGAUGAACUGGCAGCCUGGGAGCGGCUAGGGGAAGGUGGAUUUUCAAGUGUGUAUAAGGCUAAGCUUAAAGGGAAUGAUGUUGCUGUCAAGGUGUUAAAAAAUCUUAAAGAAACAAGACCUCUGCUUACAGAAGGAAAUCUAUUGAGAGAUCUUCGGCAUGAUAACAUUAUUGCAUUCAGAGGAAUGAACAUUUUGGAGCAUGAUGUCUCACAUGAGAAAUUCACCCUUAAAGCAGGAUGCCCUUUUCUGGUGAUGGAGUACAUUCCUAAGAACUUGUACAGAUUUGUUGAGGAUCACAAAACUCCAGAAUCUAGGGGACUUCCUAAAAGUCAAGUGUGGACCAUUGGUAGAGGAAUGGCUAAUGGCUUGAUGUACCUACACAGUUUGAAUCCUCCAAUAAGCCACAGGGAUUUAAAACCUGACAAUAUACUGUUGGACAUCAGAAGCUUGCGGGUAAAACUAGCAGACUUUGGCUUAUCAAGAACAAUUGAGAGGAGUGGCAAUGAUCUGUCUUUGUUCCAUGCGCGCUGGACAGCACCUGAAGUGUGGGAUGAUUACUUCACAGAUGAUGAGUAUAAUGUAGAAGAACUGACAGAUACAACAGAAGAGCACACAGGCUUUGAUGACGAGUUUUUUUAUCUACGUGCUGACAUCUACUCGUAUGCUCAAGUAGUAGCCUAUACGUUAACAGGAAAUACACCGUGGCAGGGUAGAAACUCUGUCAGUGUACAGGGCAUUCAAGACAACUUGAUAAAGAAGGAGGACAGAGUGGAGUUGCCCGAAGAAUUGGGUGGUGUAUUGAGAAAAGUUAUAGAGGACUGUCGUCUGGAAAAUCCUGAGAUGAGACCUACAGCAGACCAACUGGUUUUGGAGUAUUUUAGUGGUGAUGUUAACCCGUACCAAACUGAAGCCAAAAGCGCUGAGUUCUUUUCCUGUGGGUUCCUCCAGAACACUUAUAUCUUUGUUGCUGAGAGCUUAGUGGACGAGUCCAGUGAAGGGUAUUUUAAGACAGCAGUUCGUCCCCAAGGAUUCCCCCCUGAGUGUCUGUUGUGCUCUGUAGAGGUCGGCAACAAGGAGUACAACGACGUGCCAAAGGAGUGGGUUUAUGAACAGAAGUAUAGGGAGCACUACGGAAAAUUUAGGCAGGAUGCCAUCGAUAAAAAGAUCGAAGACAAUCCUGCCAUUGCCCUCAAAACAUUGAUUACCUCCCGGGAGGAGGAAGAAGAAAGACAAGAAAUACAACUGAUGUUUGGACAGUCAACCUACUGUCACCAUAGAGCCGUUCGGGAGAUCUGGAGGAACCUAGAAGACUCUAAAAAGAGAGAGUUUGUCGUGUGCAAGACUACUGUCCAUCCGGUGUUCAGCACAUCUUUUGGCCUCCAUGUUGCUGUCCUGACUGCAGACAAACCUCAGAAAUUUAUCUUCGCUAGAAGGUCUAAUCGAGAGGGAAUGGCAACCCCAGGCAAGUUUACCUGUGGGGCUGUGGAAAGUGCCUCAACCAAGGACUACGUCUAUAAAAACGACAAGUCUUACGUGGAUCUGAUUCAGACCGCCGCGCGAGGACUGGAAGAAGAGCUGCGAGUAGAGUUGAAAGGCAGCGACAUUAAGGCUCUUUGCCUCACAACCGUGUACCUCAAGUUCGACACGCAUGAAUGGGGUUGCUGUGGUUACGUGGACCUGUCGGAUGAACGAGUGGCUCCCGAGAGGCGACUAACGUUCGAGCAGCUCGGUUCUCGGUUCACGACGGGUCCUAAAGAUAAGUUUGAGCACGAAGAGGUGGUAGCUGUUGACUUCGAACUUUCUCGGAUGGUGGAGUUCGUGCGAGAGAAUUACGAAGAUUUUGCAAGCUCAGCUAAGCUAGUAGUGGUGAAAGUUUUGCAGUCGUUUUUCGGAGUCGCUGCCGUGGAGAGAGCUUUUCGUGUUUAUCUGGAAGAUGGAGACAAUACCCUCCCAAAGGAGAUUGCAUCUUGAACAAAUUUGGUGAUAAAUGCUUGAAUUUUCUUUUUCUCUUCUCAGUGAUAGCCUUACUUAAAUUAACCGCAGGUCACAGUUAGGGAGACUAGCCCGCAAGGGAAGCUUUAUAAAGUGUAUUAGACAUUUUGUACUCCGUUUGGUCCCCAAUGAGCAGCUUGUCUUUCACUGUUAACUCUGUCUUUACUGACACAUGACCAAAGUUCAUAGUAUUGUUACGACUAUUAAAUCGGGGGGGAACUAUCGAGCACGCCACGCUCGGCGAAAGGCACCAAGACUCUCGAACUGUCUUUUACACUUUUUCUGAAUUACUCAGUUCCACAGUACACAAUUCUGGGUAACUCUCUAAGGCUCUCACACUUUGAUUCUCACUGAAUAAUUCUUAUUCAGCCACGAAAUUUUGACCGUACUCUUCUGCACAUUGUCUGCGUUCUUGUAGUCUACUCUUCACUCCUCUCACCACUCUCCUAAGUAAGCUGUAAAGGACAUGUCUAUAUACUAACUACUAACAGAUGUGGUUAGGCAUGCCCGCUGGCUGUCCUUGAGAGAUUAAACAUUUGUUGUUAGAACAAUAAACCAAACAAUAUUACGAGACUUUCAAAAGGAACAACAAAGUACUUCUGUAAGUAAUGCUUCCGAUCAACUGAAUCAACCUCUGACUGCGUAAGCCAAAAGGCAAGAGGGUCCAAAGCAAGGUUAGUACACAAACUAAGCUCGUCCACUUAUGGAAGUUAGAGCAGGCUGCCAGAACUCGACAACUUAUCACAACAGUUCAAACCUCGAUAUCUUCGGAAUUCGAAUUCAUACAUUAAAUACAUUCUAAAGAUAAACGAAAGACUAAAUCAUACUGAACUGACUAACUAAAUGACUUAUUAAACAACAAAUACUUCAUAACAGUAAGGUAUGUUCUAUUCUAGUCAUGUGAACAGAGAAUAUCAACUGAGAGAACUUAUCCCCCAUACAUACCCCUAUUCCAAUGAUAAUUUUUUGAAUAUUAUUUUAGUGCGCGUUCCUGCGGUGCGACUAUUUUGAGAAAAACAACCGAUUGGUUUGUGGUUCUGUAAUGAAAUUUGAUUUGUGAUGUUUGGCGACUUGCGGUUGUGGUGUUCAUUUUGAUGACGUGAUGUUAUCUUUUCGUCAAGACGAUUGAAAAAACAAGCUGAAAAAACGUAACCUCUGAGCGCUACUCUUGAAGCCUGAGUUUUUUUCUCCUCUACUCCACAAGUUAGGGUGCGUUAAUGAGAGGAUUCGAGCGGACGAACUGAAUAUCUUGCAAUGGUUGAUUCAGGUAAAUUACCUCAAGGAUUAUCGAUUAAGCGGCAAUAGCGCAACAUGACACAUUUUCCAGAAUACAGAAAGCAAACUGGCUCGAUCUUGAUGAUUUCUUAAUUUUGAAAAUCAAUGACUCUUUAACUCGAUCCUCGACCAAAAGAUAGACUCUUACAAUUUGGUAGAGAAUUAAUAGCGGAUGGCUUUUUACAAGAUCCCCCAUGGUUUGAGAGAAAACGAAAACAACAGCACAAACUAAUCGAUUUUGGGUUAGUCUGAGCUGCAGUUGGGAACGACUUCUUAUCCAUUAACGCAUCUCUUUGUGACACAUUUAUUGAGCUUAGUGGUUAAAUAGAGAAUCAAACGUAGACGUAUUUUGAGAGGAAUCAAUUUGAAUCAAUUUAAAACAUUCAUUUAUGUGGCAAUAGCGAUUAAUUCCAGCGCUUUAUAAUCCAAGACUAAAAAUACAGAAAGAGGACCAGUUUGAAACGCUGGUUUCUAACUUUGAAAUUUUACAAAGUGACAUUGACUAGCUCUUGCUGAAUUCGGUUAGUUUAUGGCUCGUUACUUUUGUUGUGAAUUUAGCUGUCCAGGAGGUAGAUUUAGCCCCAAGUUUCAUUUCCUGAUUAGUGUGUUUACCUUUGACCUACUAUACCUUUAAAAGAUUGAUAAAAAUAUUUAGUCUGUUUGUAAUGAACAACAGGAAGGGUUCUGCUGGUUGUGUUCUUGUUUGGGUCAUUGUCCCGUUGAACUUGGUUUGGAUAGCCUACGUGUAGGGUACGGCUACACGUUGGCUGUGGUUUGGACGAGCAACAUAGUUCCUGUGUGUGUUUUUUGUUUUCGCUAAUUCAAUAAUCGGCUUUUCAUAGCGUAGAAUAUCAAGUGCUUUGUUGUUCACUUGUGAACAAUGUUUGGGUCAGGAGUUUUGUAGAGAGCUUCAAUCUUCCAAGAUCGACAGGCCUAUAACCUUAACAUGUGCACUAAUAAAGCACUUAAGGAAGUGUAUUAUACUUGAUUUAGUUAAUUGAGCAGUUAGCCUAAUAAAGAAGAAAAUCCGGAA